AUGGAUGAUGAGGCGAGGAGACGAGUGCGAGAAUUGAUGGCACAAACACCAGCGCAAAGACCGCCUGAUUGGGUGAAUCCAUUGGAGAAAAUCGAACAACUACUCACGUGCCCCAUUUGCCUCGAUCGCUACAAGCAACCAAAGCUACUCCCAUGUCAGCACACAUUUUGUCAUCCCUGUUUGGAGAGUUGUGCUGACACUCUCCAUCAUGCUCUUAAAUGUCCCGAAUGUCGGGCUGAACAUAAAAUUCCUUAUGAUGGAGUCAAGUCUUUUCAGCCAAACUAUACACUUACAACAAUUCUUGACAUUCAUUUACAAGCGACACCCGAAUCAGCUGCUCAAGUUGAAGAAUAUGUGCACAGAUAUAAUCUUGAGAGAUGCAAAGUGUGCGAGGAAAAGGCUGAAUGCCAGACGUGUCCGCAUUGUGAUCGGAGAGCGUGCGAGGAGUGCCGAAAGACACAUAUGGAUAUGUUGAAGAGAGAUAUGGGAAGACUCGUUAUGCAAGUGAAAAGACUUUCCAAUCGAAUCACUGAAGCUUCUGACGGUCUCUCGAAAGGCAUCGAAUUGUUAAGUCUCAACUGUGAGACUACAAAACAAGAAGUUCAGGAAUACUUUCAUCGUCAUAUUCGUGAGUUAAAAAAGCGAGAAGAGAACUUUCUUGGUGAAAUUGAGAUCUUCCAAAGUGCCGAGACGAGAUUGAUGGGAAAUUUGAGGGACGUUCUCGAAAUCGAGAGUAGCAAUAUGAGUGAAGCGGUGGCUCGACUUGAAGCCGCUUUAAAAGGUGAAUAUGAUAUGGAUGAUACGGAGAUCGUCCGCUACAAGAACAUUUUCACGGAAGGCCUUGAAUACUUGCGAAAUUUUUCUCCGGAUGCUGAUGAACUUUUUUGCAAAAAGUUGCGUUUUACGGUGGAUGAUGCGGCUCGAUUGCCGGGUGCAAUUCAGACUUUUGGUGAAAUCACUGUGAUGUAUCCUGGAAGCACUGGCAGAUACGACAAGUUGGAGGCUUCCUAUGUCCCACGAAUGAUCUCAAGUAAAAUCGGCUUGGAGAGUGAUCAUUUCAGAAUUCGUAGUACGGAUGACAGAAAUGCGAUGGAUUUGGGCAGGAAUCGAUUUCGGGAAACUGAUUCUUUAACAGAACAUUCUCUCAGAUAUCGGCGUCGUCAACAAAUUGAAGAGGAAUCUUGGAAUCGGGUUCGUGGCAUUGAAGGCGAACCACGGGAGAGGAGCAUCCCAGGGAAAUCUCCAUGGUCUCGACCACCAGAUGAAACCCCAACAAAACCACAAAAUAAUACCAAUAGCUUGCAGACAACAAGCGCCAAAAAUUUGCAAGUUUCCUCAAAGGAGUCUCCAUCUUCAUCCACGUCAACUUCACCUCGGCCACCCUCUCCAAAAGGGAUAUCGAUUCCAGUGAAGGUGGAACAAUCUAACAAUGAGCCCGAACUCGAGACGAAAUCGAAAGUGACUAUUAGGGUUGAGCCAAAACAGGAGCCUAAAGUGGAAGUGAAGUCUGAGACAGCAACUAAACAAAUUGAGAAACCGCCUACUCAUAAACCACCACUUCCUCGACAACCAUCUAGUCAAGAAGAAGUUGAAAAGAAUGAGAAUGGUUACAUAGGGAGAAGAUCAUCUCGCCCUAAUUCACUGCUCAUUGCUGAACCAUCAACAGACAAAGAAGAGGAUGAAGAUGACCGACCAAGGACGGCUCGAUUCAGAUUAAGAAUGCGGGCCUCAUCAAUCACGAGACAGGAGUCGAACGAGGAACGCGAGACACCAAUUCCCAUCACUCAUUACCCAGGUGAGCAUGAGGGGACACCGGGAUCGCCAAGAGAUAGGGAAAGCUCACCGGCUGAGAUUCCUGACUGGUUGGCUCGUCGCCGCGCGAGACAACAACGCUCACGCACGAAUCCUGACCUGUAUGCACAGUUCACUAGUACGCGCGUGCAGCAAUUGCUCGCCGAAAGAGAGCAGAAAAACGAAAACGAAAAGCUAGCAAGCAUAAAUCCCUCGGCAAGUGUUCAAGGUUUAGAUGCGAUCGAUCAAAUGGAUGAGGUGACGACAAGGAGAAGUGGGGCACCGUACAGAGCUCGCACAAAGUCGACCGGACAUAGAGACUCAUCCACCGAUACCGGUCGGGGAUGGCGUUCAAGGGGCGGUCGGCCAAAGAAUGUCUUUGGAAGGAAAGGUGGCGGUGAAGGAGAGUUGAACUGGCCGCGAGGAGUGACAACACUUCCUGGGGGUCAUGUGGCCGUGUGUGACUCGUCGAAUCAUCGAGUUUGCGUCUUCACCGCUACUGGAGAGCCACUGAAAACAUUUGGUGGUUAUGGUACAGGUGCUGGAGAGUUGGAUUCGUGUGCGGGGAUUGCUUCAGGACGAGGUCGUCAAUUGAUUGUCACCGAUCGAUAUAAUCAUCGUGUUUGUGUGUUUGACUCGGAAGGUCGACUUGAGCGCCAAUGGGGUGGUCAUGGACCAGCAAAUGGUCGUUUCAAUAACCCAUGGGGAGUGGCUGUUGACGAUCUCGGCACAAUCUACGUUUGCGAUAAGGACAAUCACCGUGUGCAAAUGUUUGACAAGAAUGGAGUCUUUGUUGGAAAAUUCGGAACACAUGGAUCAGCAGAAGGACAGUUAAAUUGCCCACUUUUUGUCGCAGUAUCAAGAAUUAAUCAUACGGUUUAUGUAACUGAUUCUUCAAAUCAUCGAGUAAACACUUAUGAUAUGCAAGGGAAAUUUCUAUUUUCUUUUGGACAAGAAGGAUUUCAAGGUGGUCAAUUCAAAUCUCCACGCGGUAUUGCGAUUGACAAUCAGGGGAGUGUGAUUGUGGUCGAUUCGGGAAAUAAUCGAGUACAAGUUUUCACAGCUGAUGGAGACUUUCUCGUCUCGUUUGGUACUUGGGGUGCAGGCGCUGGACAACUCAAAGGAGCUGAGGACGUUUGCCUUCUCAACGAUGCAAUUGUGGUUAGCGAUCGGGAAAAUCAUCGAAUUCAGAUCUUU